GUUCCGCUGCCAUUCACCCAACUACAGAUGGCGACACUCGACACCGACGUCAACAUGGUUCCGGCUGGAGAGGGCUCAUCCGGCGCCGGCCCUUCCAAUACCACGCCACAAUCCUCCAAGAAAUCCAAGAAAUUUGAGAUCAAAAAAUGGAACGCCGUCUCGCUCUGGGCCUGGGAUAUCGUGGUCGAUAAUUGUGCUAUUUGCAGGAACCAUAUCAUGGAUCUAUGCAUUGAGUGCCAGGCUAAUCAGGCGAGUGCGACGAGCGAGGAAUGCACUGUUGCUUGGGGGGUUUGCAACCAUGCCUUCCACUUCCAUUGCAUCAGCAGGUGGCUUAAGACUCGCCAAGUUUGCCCUCUUGAUAACAGUGAGUGGGAGUUUCAGAAGUAUGGCCACUAGAAUUUGUUACUGGAGCCGACAUUGGCUUCUUCCUUCGCGUUUGAUCUUCUUCCUGGGUCGAUCAGAAGCCUUGAAUUAUCGUAUUUAUAUUCACGUACAGAAUCCUUCUGCAUAAUUCCUUUUUUUUAGAUGGAAUAUUAUUAGGCAUCUUUUGCUCCAGCUAAUUAGCUUUUUGUUAAGAAUUUGCUCUGGCUAGUAAUUAUCAGCAUCAUUAUACUAUGCUAAUGAUUUGUGGAUGUCUCUUUUGUUGCUGAUAUGGAAAAGCGAUUCUCUGCUAA